CAAUGUACUCACGCUUCGAGGGGCCGUUAAGCGUUAUCCUCUCUCUCUCUCGCUCUCGCUCUCGCGGUCGCUCUUCGACUCUCUACCCUUCUGCUGUGUGUGCUUCUGUUCGCCCCCGCGGAACCCACCGAAUUCCGUAUCCUCCCCGCAAAACCCACCGAUUUGAGAUACCGCCACGGGGUUUAGUAAGCCGGAUCGGGUGCUUGCGGAUGCCUGAGUUGGGCCCGCGGACCCCGAAUCGCACAACACCGGGAAGAGGAGGAUGGACAUCACGGAGGUGACGAUCGUGCAUCACAUCGCCUUGGUGCUGCUACUGCUCUGGGUUCUCGUGCAGUUGGGCAAGGGGCACCCGGUCGUCUUCUUUGUGGCACUGUUGUAUCUCUACAAGGUAAAUGAACGCUAUACACUGAGAUUGCAGAAGCGACUGCAGUUUGAGGAAAGAAAAUUUGCCAACCAGCGAAGACUUCUCUCUGAUGCAGAAUCAGUCAGGUGGUUAAAUCAUGCUAUUGAGAAGAUAUGGCCUGUAUGCAUGGAACAAAUUGCAUCCCAGCAAUUUCUCUUGCCUAUCAUACCAUGGUUUCUGGAUAAGUUCAAGCCUUGGACAGCUCGGAAAGCCGUUAUGCAGCAUCUUUACUUGGGUAGGAACCCACCUAUGUUUAUAGAUGCAAGGGUUCUUCGUGAAUCAUCAGAUGAUGAUCACUUGGUUCUAGAGUUGGGAAUGACUUUUCUUUCAGCAGAUGAUAUGAGUGCAAAACUUGCGGUGCAGCUGAGGAAAAGACUGGGAUUUGGGAUAACAGCGAAUAUGCAUAUCACAGGCAUGCAUGUUGAGGGAAAGGUUUUGGUGGGAGUAAAGUUUCUUCGGCAAUGGCCAUUUAUUGGACGAGUCAGGCUAUGCUUUGCAGAGCCCCCAUAUUUUCAGAUGACAGUAAAACCAAUAUUUGGACAUGGAGUUGAUGUUACUGAACUACCUGGAAUUUCAGGAUGGCUAGAUAAGUUGCUCGAUGUUGCAUUUGGGCAGACAUUGGUUGAGCCAAACAUGCUGGUUAUUGAUGUGGAGAAAUUUGUUUUGGCUCCUGAAGAAGGUUGGUUUACUGUCAAUGUGAAGCCUCCUAUUGGAUAUGCGAAAUUGGAGAUGUUAGAAGGGGCUGAUAUGAAACCAUCUGAUUUUAAUGGACUUUCUGAUCCAUAUGUAAAGGGACACCUUGGACCUUACAGAUUCCAGACAAAGAUCCAACGGAAAACAUUGUCUCCAAAGUGGUUGGAGGAGUUCAAGAUCCCCAUCAGUUCAUGGGAGGGAACCAAUGUACUCGUUCUUCAAGUUCGUGAUAAGGAUACCAUUUUUGAUGACAUUCUUGGAAACUGUUCUGUGAACAUCAAUGAUCUGAGGGGUGGACAAAGGCAUGAUAUGUGGCUGUCACUGCAAAAUGUCAAAAUGGGAAGGAUCCACCUAGCGAUUACUGUACUGGAAGAGGAAUUACAGAAGGAGCAGAAAGAUCUCGGUGAUGAAGAAAUAAUAUCAAAUACGACGGAACCAAUGACGAGCAGGUCAGAUGAAAAGGCUGAGAAACUUAACGCGGAAGAAUAUCAUCAUCAUAAGAUGGCUGAUGAGUUUGAGCCCAUUAAUAUUAAAGGGCAAGAAAAGACAGGAUUAUGGGUGCAUCGUCCUGGGAGCGAUGUCUCCCAAAAAUGGGAGCCUCGAAAGGGGCGUGCUCGAUACCCUGAUACCCGACUCCAUCGGGAGGACAAUGGCUCCACUAAAAGCCCAAGUCGAUCAUCAUCAUCCAGGUCUCAACAAAGUGAUUCUGGCAGUAAUGAAGAAUCUGCAGAUGGAAAGAAACCCCGGCUUAAAAUAAUCAAAAACGGCCUGCACAAGUUGAGUUCUGUAUUCCAUAGAAGUCCCAGGAAAGGAAGCCCCCGACAAUGUCAGGAGGUGGUUGCUCCUCCUCCACCACCACCUAACCUGUGGCCGAUCGGGGAGAAGCGGACGUCGAUCAAGGUCAUAAUGCCUGACGGCUUUGAUGAAAAAAAUGGAGUGCCAAAGCUGGAUGAGGAGAGAUGCAACUCUGAGAUCAGCGAGAGAGAAAGCCCAGGCAAAGGCAGUAGUAUGCUGCAGACACCGAAGAACUUCAUAAGCAAAUCAUCCAAGAGUCUAAAGAGCGUGCUGAGCAGGAAGGAGUCCGACAAGCUAAAAGAGGUUCAGUCACCAGGAGCUGAAGAUAAAGAUAAUUCUCAGGGAACCAACUCCUCAAGUGAUGGUUUGGUGGAUGAUCCACUUGUUAUAGGGGGAUUGCCCAUUAGUAUUGCUCCAUGUAGCCAUAAGGUAACUGUCAGUGCUGAAGAUGACAAGAAAGGCAAUAUAUAGUCUGCUAAUGUUGCAAACUGCACAGAAUGUCUGUCAUCUUUGAUUCCAUGGCAGAACCAAAGUCCAGUUAUAGACAAGUGUGUUUGCCAUAUGUUGAUAUGUAAACAACAGUAGCGGAUGCUUCUUCUCGGUGUAAUAGCUGUUAAAAAUUUUGUUUGAUGCUUGUUAUAUAUAUAUAGUGUUGAUUCUUCUUC